AAAGUGUGUUGCGUGUUGCGGGGCGCGAUGUUGUUUUGUCGCGGCGAUCAGCUGGAAGUGGCGUCGCCGGUCCGCUCUGACACAACAGCGGGAAGCCCCCGGAGCCCCGAGCCGGCUCCCCGCCGCACCGAAACACGCCGGCACCGACGGCCCGAUCCGGGCAUCGCGAUCCAGGAAAUGCGGACUUUUGGCCCUUUCGCCACGGGGCAAAUGGCUGCAGCCGCCCGUACUGAAGCGAGCUGCAACACACCCACUCAAACAGUCAUAUCCGCUCUCACUCUCUAGCUCUCCCUGCUCGUCUCACAGUGCCUGUGAAGCGUCUCUGAGGGGAAAGACCAGACUGCUCUGUCAGAUCACAUGCUGACAACCAACGCUUGACACUCUCUCGCCAACAAAACAGAUGCAAAGAAGAACUUGGCACAACUGUUAGAAUGGCUGAAGCCGGACCCGAGCAGAACUGCUUUGUACAGAGAGAUGAUUCAUGUUUACCUGCGACGGUGCAGCUCCAGGGCAGCUUUUAAUGAUGCCUCAUUUUAUCUUCUCGAAUAACUCUCGGGCUACGCUAACAAAGGCCCUCUUUUGUGAUUUACAACGCAGUCCGCCAAUGUUUCCUUGCCUCUGACAUCUCUGCUGCCAUGGGGUUAUCUCCAUGAGGCUCCGAGAGCCCCUGCUUGUGUGUCUGUGAGGCCUCCUCCCCACUCUAUGGAGGCUGAACACAGCCGACCGGCCGAUGGGGAGUGCUCUGGAAGGCAGGAGCAGCAGCGCUUGACAACGGAAUCCUCUCCAGGAUCUUGUCCACCUCAGCAGCCUCCGCGCCCUUCUAAUGCUCGCCCCGUGCACAGAGCUCUGGGUCGCGUGCAAAGUCGCCAAACCAAACAAACUGAGCAUUUGCUUCGGUUACAGCAGCAGCAGGCAAUAGCAUGGCAGCAUUCAGACACCCCGGGUCCCUCAGGAGGCAGCUUCUCUCCAGAUUCCUCAUCGACUACAUCCCUCCCAUCUACUUCCACCACCCGGGGUGAGCAUGGCCAUGGGGUCCCUUCCCAGGGCACCCAAGAGGGGCUGGAAGGGGUCAGCUCACCCAAAAAAGGGGAGAAGAAACCCCAAAAGCCAGGAAAAUAUGUGUGCACUUACUGUGGUCGCCCAUGUGCCAAGCCAAGCGUUCUUCAGAAACAUAUUCGCUCCCACACGGGAGAAAGACCAUACCCUUGUGCCCCCUGCGGCUUUUCCUUCAAGACCAAGAGUAACCUGUACAAGCACCGCAAGUCCCAUGCCCAUCGCAUUAAAGCGGCCCUGUCUUCCAGUCGGGAUGAGCCCAGUUUAAGUGGGCAAGAGGGAGGCGGUGUUGCAGAAGACCCUGAGGAACACACCGAGGGAGAAAGCACCGAAUCUGAAGAAGAGACGGGCCAACACAGAAAAUCCUCCUUGAAGGAGAAGUUGGCGCCGCAAAGGAAAGGUGGCAAGGAGCUGCUGAGAGGCUCAGAGGAGAGCCACAGGCCUGAAGACUCCCAGGCUGUCAAACAAAGGCUGGCACUGCGGCUCAGUGAAAGAAAACGUGGCGUGAUGGCUUCUCCAGAUGACCGUCCUUCCUCCCUCUCAACCUCAUCUUCCUCUCAAGGCCCCGGCAGUAAGGGCAGCACAGAGUCUGGCUACUUCUCUGGGUCGGGCAGCACCGACCUAUCCCAAGUUAGCCCCCCAAGUGCCAGUGCCAAAACCUACGCAGAAAUUAUUCUCGGGAAAUAUGGGCGGCUGGGAGGGCAACAGCGCCAUCCCCAUCAGCAGCAGCCUCAUUCUUCACUUUCCUUCCCCUCGGGAACGGAGGAGAAAAGCAUUCCCUUUGCCGUACCCAAAACCCAAGUCAUAGAACACAUUACCAAGCUCAUCACUAUCAAUGAAGCGGUAGUAGACACCAGUGAGAUUGACAGUGUGAAGCCGAGACGCUCCUCUCUAACCAGGAAGAGCAGCGCGGAGUCCCCAAAAUUCAACUCCCUCAGAGAUGCCUGCACAUUUGAUCCCAAAGGAGAAUCCCCUGGCCCAAGUGCUUUUAAGCACCUCCACAAUCCUGAGGCAGAACCAGCAGGUACCCAGCAGCUGUCAGCAGUGCCUCUGCUUAGAAGCCACUCGAUGCCAACCUCCACCAGCCAAGGAGAGCCCUGCACCUCUGGUACCAUGCGGCCCAGAGAUUACCGUCUCUGCCAGUCAUUCGAUGAGCAGCAGGCCGUGGUGGCAGAGAUGAGGGCUGGCCCUUCCCAGCGCACGCUACGGCGCCAGCCUGCCAUAGAAGUUCCACUGGGAGCCGAACUAAUGCAGGAGGAGGCCGGCUCCUCCUCCACAGCACUCGCUGAUGAACAAGCUAGACGGACACUACUGCACCACCAACCGCACCAACAACAACAACAACAGCAGCAGCAGCAGAAGAGAUUGAGCCUGUUUGAAUGUGAAGCAUGUCAGGCCCACUUCCAACACAAUGAAGGCUAUGAGGCCCACAGAGGCAUAUGCCCAGGACAGAAAACCCUGGGAAAAGAGCGCGGGGAUGCAAGUAAAACAUGCAGGGAGGAUCGCCCGCAGAUGAUGCACUAUAAGUUUCGAGCACUGGCAAUGGCCGUUAGGAAGAGGAGGAAAGAGGAAAGUCUGGAAGAGGAUCCUCCCAGCCCCGGAUCUGUAGCCAUGUCGGGGAGCCCUUCAGGCCUCGUUCCUCUGACUUGCAGAACAGAGCACAGCCACACCCUCUCAGGUGUUCCUUUACAGAGUGAACAACCGCAGCAGCAUCAGCAGGACAGGAAGGGAGUGUCUGUCAUUCAACACACGAGCUCUUUUGAGAAGCAGGAGAGUAUGUCCAUGGAGAGUCGGGAAACCGAACUCAGAGAGAGUCAGCAAACACAACCACUCGAGCCAAAACCAUCACCCUCUACAUCUCGCCUCAUCCGCCAAUCAAACAUCCAAGUGCCAGAGAUCCUUGUAACUGUGGAGCCUGAUGCUGACAUGCCAACUGUCUCUGCGCCAGUGAUGGCAUCCUCAUUCAAGGAGGCAGAAAGAGUGGAGGAGUUCCAAUGGCCUCAGCGUAGCCAGACUCUGGCUCAGCUCCCUGCCGAGAAGCUGCCACCAAAGAAGAAGAGACUCCGCCUGGUGGAAGCAGCACAUUCCUCCGGCGAGUCUAGCUUUGAGUCCUCGUCUCUGCCCCACAGCCCCAGUCAAGAGAGCAACAUCUCCCACGCUUCUAGCCUUGCUGCUUCUUUCGAGGACACGUCAAGAUCAGAGUCCACCGCCUGGGCUUCCAGUAGCCAAAGCUCCCAGAUGUUGAUGGUGCCAGUUGCUUCCCACCAUCACCACCAAAGCCAAAAGGAGAUGAGGCGCUCAGCCUCAGAGCAGACCACAGCCACCGGCCAACCAACGGAGCAGGUCUCAGAGACCAGGAGUAAGUCCUUUGACUAUGGCUCACUGUCCCCGCAGCAGUCUGCGUCCACCUGGGAAGAAAGGAGAAAGUGUCUCCUUGUGAAGCAUGUCACCUUAGGCGAACCUGAGCAGGAGGAGGUGGCCAGCAUGAGUCAGCUGUCCAGAGCAGACAGCCCAAAGCCGGGGCCGUCACGCUCCAUCCAUCCUCCCAUCUACUCAACAGAAACAAGCAACCGCUUUAGGCUGGAAACCACCGGGAAAGCCUCGCAGCCGUUACAGCCGCAGAUCUUCCUGCCCUCUCGGGAUGUGCUCCCUUUGCAGCAAGCGUUUUUCCCAGGGUCAUUAACCCAGCCAGUCCCCGUCACCACCGCCACCCCUGAAGUACUGCCCACCCAAAUCAUGCACAGAGCCUUCUUACAUUCACAGACAGCACCCCCACCUAUGCACACGCACCCUGGUCAGAUCCGCGUGGCAGAACGGUUGGGUGUACCACUCCAUCAGUUUCCUGCUCUGCUUCCUCUCCAGUUCUCUCUGAGGACCUCAGCUAGUCACGCUCUGUACUUACCGUUACCUCCGAGACAAGCUGCACACGUUCCUUCCCUUCCCACACCAGAGAGACGCCCCUCCACGUCUUCUGUUCUCACACAUCAAUCCUUUGUAAGAAUCUCUCACCACCACCCACGACCCGUCAUCGCCACAUGCGUGGCUCAGUUCACACCGGUGUCGUCACUUGUGGUGCCAGUGCGCCUCCAGACUCAUUUACCUACCUAUGCCAGUGCCAUGUACACCACCUUAUCCCAGAUCCUGGCCUCCUCCUGCUCACAGGAACCUCUUUCUUGUACAGCCAUGGUCAUUAUGGGCCAGGUGGAGCGGAACAAGAUUGAAAGGUCCUACCUGAAGGUCCCCUCCCCAGACGUGGAGAGCCUUCUUCCCCUUUCUCUGCCGACGGAGCUGGCCUCGGGAUCUGGGGAGGGGUACGGUCCACUGGGGGCCGGAGGAAGCAAACGCAUGCUUUCUCCUGCAGCUAGUCUGGAGCUCAGCACAGAGGCUCAGCGUCACCAGAAACGGGUAAAAGAGGAAAAAGAAGGGGAGGUAGAUGAGGAGGAGGAGGAGGAGGAGGAGAAUGUCGACCAGAAGGUGGGACAGAUUGAAGAAAGUGAAGCCACUGAGAGAAAACUGGAACAGAGUGAGAAGAAACACUCACAGAGGGUGGAGCUGACAACUGUGAAAGAGGGGGAGCAUGAGCAACUACCAAGGAAAUAUAAGAAGAAGAAGGAGGAGCAGAAGGAGGCCGAGUAUGCUGAAAAGACAAGUAAAAUAAAAGAGGAGGCGGCAGUUGUGCGACAGGGAGCUGAAAAACCGGUGGCGCCUUCGUACCCCAGCCUCCGCACCUCCACCUCAGUUAACUGGUGCUACCUAAACUACGUCAAAGCUAACCCGUCUCCCCUGAGGGACCCCCGCAGCUCCGUUUAUUCUACCUGGAGCAUUAGUGCUCACAACCCCAACCUGCCGGGCCUCACCACUAAGGUGGCCUUGUCUCUGCUGUGCUCCAAACAGAAGCACAGCUCAGAAACAUACACCACGGCAACGGCCGCGGCCCCCCCGGCCAAAAGCAAAUUGGCCCCUGCUAGCAGCGGGACCCCGCGGGUGUCAGAGGUACACGCCACCCCACCCGGCACCUUCACUAAAGUAAAGGAUCAGCAAAAACCUGACGAGGAAGAGAAAAAAGAGAUGAGCGAGGAGGAGGAACCCUCCACCUCCAAGCAGAGCGAGCCAUCACGCGUUCGCAUCUUUGAAGGCGGGUAUAAGUCAAAUGAAGAAUAUGUUUAUGUGAGAGGUCGCGGCCGGGGGAAGUACAUUUGUGGAGAGUGUGGCAUCCGCUGCAAGAAGCCUAGCAUGCUGAAAAAGCACAUCCGAACGCACACCGAUGCCCGGCCGCACAUUUGCAAACACUGCAACUUUGCCUUCAAAACCAAAGGUAACCUUACUAAACACAUGAAGUCAAAGGCUCAUGGGAAAAAAUGCCAGGCAAUGGGAGUAUCUGAGUCAUCGCUGGAGGAGCCCGAGAGCGAGGAAACAGCAGGAAGUGAUGAACGCGUGUUUGGCGCAGAGGAACAGGAGGGACAUCAGUUUUCUGACGUGGACAAUUCCGAGGACGACGAUGACAACGAUGAGGACGAGGACGAGGAAGAGGAAGAGGAGCCCGCCUCCCGCGAGGAUCCGUCCUCCUGUUCCACAGACACACACCCCUUGGCAGGAGGGCAUUCCAGCUGCGGUAGGCGUUCCCAUCGAGGCACCCCGGACCCUGAGCCCCCGGGCCUCAGUCCCAGCAAAGCACAAGAGCUCUCGCCGAGGCGGGUUUGGCCCAACAGACGAGCCGCUUCGCCGGGCAGCAGGAGAGCGCUGUUCUCUCGGCGGGGGUGGAAGGCAUCGCCGAGGGCCUUCUCCCCCAACAGUUCCCCCAGCCGAAGCCUCUCUCCCCAGCUUGAGCUGUCCUCACCCAGCCACAGCCUCUCCCCCAGGACAGAGCUGUCCAUGUCCAGCCGACACGUCUCACCCUCCCCUGAGAGAGGACCAUCUCCCGUCAGACCCCUCUCGCCUCUCCGUACCAUUUCGCCCAGCUGCUAUCGGUCGUCCCGGGCUUGGACCCCUCCCUCGCCUCUUGGGCUACAGCACAGGACCCCUGGAUACCUGCCAUGGGAGAGCCCCGGUGCAACGGGUACUCAUGUCAAACUAGUGAAAAGGAGAACGGCGGCAGAGGGUCCACAAAUGGCAGAAGCCAGCAUGUUUCCACCCGCUUUCCGUCUUGCCGUUGGUGAGGGUUAUCCGGGCUACCAAGCAGCAGACAACAUCUUCAGCCAUCUUCCCAUGCAUUCCCAACAAGCCAAGGUGCCCUAUCUGAUGAUUCCUAUCGGAGGGAUCCAGAUGGUACAAGCCGGUCUGAGGUCCCACCCUACCACACCCUCGUCUCCAACCUCUCCCCCCGUGGAAGGGCCAUCACUGACCAGAUUUGACUCGUACUGGGGCGGGACCCCCAGGACUCAGGGGCUUAGAACUCCUGGAGACCACUGGUCAGAGGACCAGAUAGCUGGAACCAGCCAGUCGAGGCAAUUUGUUCCCAUUACAGCACUAAAGUUGGAGACCAUCGAGUCCAAGCAAUAUGGCAGCUCACAUAGCUCCGCCCACACCUGCAGGCCGCUUACCGAGACCACCAAACACUGCCUCAGAGACAGUGCAAGAGCAGUUCUCAGUCCAGCAGCCCCAGUAGCCUCGCAUGUCAUUGGACAGCAUCCAGAGAGGGAUGAGCAACCAUCUGGUGGUGAUCGGGUGGAGGGAGGAGCUAAAGGAGACGGAGCAGACCAGAGCACUUAGCAGUGUCUACACCUUGAUGCAUAAUGCAUCCCAUUUUGCUUUAUUGGUUGCUACACUAGUCUUGUUUUUUUUUUUAUUGCUCCGUUUUUAUACAGUUUUCAAUACUAUUGUUAACUUAAAUGUUUGUUCUUUGGCAAUAUUCAGGUUUGUUAUAAAAAUGCACUUUUUUUCUUAUAAAUAUACAUAUUCUGUAUGUAUGUAUGUAUGUAUGUAUGUAUGAAUAUAUAUAUAUAUAUAUAUACAAAUAUAUAUAUAUUCAGUGUAUAUAUAUAUAUAUAUAUAUAUCUUAAUGCCUGUUUAAAUAUAUGUAAAAUGAAUAUGAAUACAUUUGUAAAUGACCAAAAUCUUGGAUCAAAAAUUAUUAUUACUCUAAUUACAGUUACUUGUGCCUUUUCUGUCCAGGAUCGUGUUUCGGGGUGUACAGAUAGACAAAGAAAAGGCUGUUGGAUUCGAUAUCUGUUUAUAUGUGUUCAAGGGGAUUGAUGUAUGGUGAUUUGAUUGUUUCUGUUCCAAAGGCCAUUGAUUUAAUGCACCUGAAGCGUGUCAAAAGAAAAUGCACUGAAGUUCUAUAUUUUAUCACAAAAUAUCUAUCUCUGUACAGGGGAGAUUGCUCCGUAUUUAUUAUUUGAUGACAAUGAUGAUUAUUUCUUUCCUUUUUUUAACUUUCUUAAUUGGAAAAAUUAUUUUUUUUUGUUACAUCUGUGUGUCUUCAUCAUGAGGUUCAUGUGACUUAGUGGUGACAAAGAUGAGCGCUCGCGCUUGGCUGGUACCAGAGGAUUAAGUGCCCGGCAGAUUUCACACACAGCAAAAUUUCUAGUCAUUGAAGAAAUAAAAAUUGCACCAGACUCCCUUGAAA